AUGGGGUACUUUCCAUCUGUGCCACUGGGGCCAACCCUUGCUGUCAGUUUACAGCUUCUGAGUCUGGUCAGCCAGGUCUUUAUGUGCAUGCCCCCAAACAUUUCUUCAUGGUGCAAGUCCCUUGAAGCAUAUCUUGAUAGCAUGGGCUACAAGGUAGACACAAAGGAAGGUAUAUGUCAAAGGUUUAGUAAUGCAUACCACUGGUAUUGCAUCCUCAAAAUCUCAGUUGAUGAAUAUGUUCAACAACACCUGGAAAGUGUUGCAACCCCACCAGCUGACAUCCUCCCUGCAGUUCCAUCAUCCUCUCACCACCCUCCAGAUGUCUUAAGCUCAAGGACAUGGCCUUCAGAAUACCUACAAAAGCAUUGUCCAUUGUGCUUUGGUAGUUGCAACUGGAAAAAUAAUAAUAGGUAUGUUUCUUGGUGCACAUACAUAAUGCUAUGUUACUAA